AUGUCUUUCGCAGCUGAUAGUCGUGUCGCCAGCACCGCGCCGGCCAGAUGGGCCGAGCUGCUUGAAGAAGCUGAUGAACAAGCUUUCCGUUCGGCGUGCGAGAAAGAGAGCUUCCAUACUGUAGCUUCGCAAUUCUUCACCUGCCUCCGGACGACUCUGAUGGACUCGAGUCUCUCAAGGCUGAUAGCAAUAUCAGAAGAUCCCGAGCUCAGAAAAUACGUCAAAACCAUCCGAGUCCAAGAUGACUGCUCGAUCAACGAUCCUUACAACACUUCUGACCCUCUGCACUCGUCAGAGAUCUGGCCACGAGACACAUCGGGAUAUGUUCUCACGCAGCAGAUUGGUGUGAACACUUUGAGGGACAUCUUGGCAGAGGGCAAGCUUUGCCCCGAGAACAUCAUCAUCCGAGAUCAUCGCAUUGCGAGCGUGAACUUCGCUGUAUGCCCGGAGACAACCAAAACUGUAGACUACCGCAUCCAUCUCAGGAACUCGCCUGGCCGGGAACCUGUGGCAGCGUUCGCGAAGGAGAUAGUAUGCGAUCUUGCUUUACCAAUCACUUACAUCGAGAUGCGCGCUGUAGAUCAUCUGCCACCCUCCAAAGAUUCCAUGCUCUUUCUUUGGGCGAAACAGUCGAAUGAGCACCGGGCACUUGGCAGUCCCGAGCUCUGGGAUGUCUGCAUGAAACUACUUCCAAGCUGCGAGAACUCUACUGCCAUCGCUGGACCCUUCUCGCUACUGCGAUCUGCGGAGUUGAAUGUGGCUAGUUACUGGCUCGAACAAAUACUACUCCACGCCGUCAAUUUGAAGAGACUGCAACUCCAAGGAUCGAGUCCAUGGGACAUACCGCCACAUCCUUCGCAGACUUGCUCAUUCCGAUUGACAGAAUUGAAGAUCAGUAGAGCGGCAAUUAACGCAGGCACCAUCCUAUCAAUCCUAGUCAACUCGAGCGACACUCUCACAAAACUCUGCUUCGAGUGGGUUCGACUUAAAGAAGAGAGUACCUGGGCGGUCCUUCUGCCUACCAUCGCAGAUAGAUUCCCAAACUUGACAGUGAUCAACAUACAAUAUCUGCGGAAUGGCGAAGUCGGGACAGGAAACUCAAGAGUUGUAUGCUUUGAUGAAGACGAAUUUGAUGGCGAGUGGCGGUCGAGUAUGAUUUUACACGAGAAAAGACGUCUGAGCCUCAAACGAGUUAUCGGUGUUUCAUAUGAGGGCCCACAUGUCGCAGCAGUUAUGAGGAACUUGGCUUUGCAUUCGAAGGCUCUGAGUCGUCUGUUUGAGGUAGACUAG